CCCCAGUAAAUAAUGGGCGUUACCUUCUCGACUUCUCAGAAAGGUGUGGUGCCGGAUUUGGUACACUGUGAAAUUCCUCCUUUGACAUCAAUCCUGCCCUCUCACCUUGACUUUUCUCUACAACCGUAACAAUGUCUGUUUGGAAUGACUUGGACCUGCUGUUAGACUCCCCCUCCUCACUGACUGUGACAUCCAAUACAAGAGGAACUGUGAAGGACCGUGCAAACUUCAAAGUGGAAGAUGAUGUGUCUGCACUAAGGAAGGCAAUAGAGGGCCUUGGUACGACAGAAAAGACACUCAUUGAGGUGUUGACCACAAGAAGUAACGCUCAGCGUCAGCUUAUUGCAAAGGCCUAUGAGAAGGCCACAGGAAGGACAUUAGUGGCCGACCUCGAGGGCGAUACGCAUGGAGACUUCGAGGACUUGUUAGUGGCCUUGGUGACGCCUCCUGCCGUCUACGACUGUCAUGAAGUCAUGAAAGCCAUCAAAGGUGCAGGAACCACGGAAUGCACUCUGACUGAGAUCUUUGCCUCUAGAUCCAACAAGCAGAUCAAAGCAAUGUCUGAAGCAUACCUGGCAGAAACUGGAAGACUGAUGAUUCAUGACCUGAAGUCGGAGGUAUCUGGAGAUUAUGGGAAAGCACUGCUCACCUUGGCUGAGGGGAAGAGAGACGAGAGCACCAAUGUAGAUGCUGCCAAAGCUAAGGCAGAUGCUAAGGCCCUGUAUGAAGCAGGAGAGAAGAAGUGGGGAACUGAUGAGGACAUGUUUAUCGACAUUCUCUGCCACAGGAGUAUUCCCCAGCUUCGACAGACUCUGGUAGAGUACAAGAAUAUUAGCAAGAAGACUCUGCAGGAGAGCAUUGAGAGUGAGAUGUCUGGCAACUUGGAGAAGCUUUUGGUAGCUGUUGUGAAGUGUGUGAAGAACGUCCCAGUGUACCUUGCAGAGAGGCUUUUCAAGAGCAUGAAGGGUUUGGGGACCACAGAGUCCACACUGACCAGGAUCCUAGUCAGUCGCUCGGAGAUCGAUUUGCUGGACAUCAGAACCGAGUACAAAAAGCUGUUUGGAGAGUCCCUCUACUCCCAGUUAGAGUCUGAAGUGUCGGGUAGUUAUGGUGACACCCUCAAACAUCUGUGCGGCCAAGACAACUAACUCCUUCGAACUCCUGUUAGGAGGAGCAUGUGGUGUGAAGUGCAGAUGGGAAGAACCACAUCUAAUGAUGAUGACCAGUCGCUGACCUCUCCAGUAUCAUCAUACUGAUACAUUUGCCCUAACGAUGACUGGAACUAACCAUCUUGAAAAGCUAUUUUAAUGUGGAAUUCCAGCAAUGUUCAACCAGACAUUGAUGUUUGGAAAGCUUAAAACUAAAGUGCUUUGCAGACUGGAUGAUUAACACUCCAAGAAUUAAGAAGCAGUUAUUUGUGCAUAUGAGGAUACUGUUUAAUGUCUUUUUGAAUACAUAAAUACUGUUUGUAUGAUUAUUUGUGUGACUGAUAGCCGUUACUCAAUAACUGCUCAUUUCUUACUUUCAACUUCUUGUAUACUGUAACACAAAUAACCUAAAAGUUGGCGACAUACACAAAUAAAUCAUUAUUUUCACAUUUAGAAA